AACACAAAUUAUCAAAAAAUGUCUCACCGUACAACUGCUGGUGGCAUUGGUUUUGCUGUUAUGCAAAAGCAAGCGUCAAAAUUUAAUCCUGAAGAAGCUGAAGGAUUAUUAGAAUGGAUUAAAAAGUUGAGUGGAGAAAAUAUUUCAACAGAAGGAUCAGCAGAAAACUUUUCAAAAUUGUUGAAAGAUGGAACACUACUUUGCAAAUUUGCCAAUAACAUCGAGCCACAAGCAAUCAAAAAGAUUCAAAAGCCAAUAUCUAACUUUGCUUGCCUGGAGAAUAUCAAUGCAUUUGUGAAUUGGGCAAAAAAAAUGGGUGUUCCAACAGAAGAAACUUUUCAAUCAGUUGACCUUUUCGAAGGUCGUGACCUUUUCUCAGUAUGCGUCACCCUUCUAUCACUUGGCAGAAAGGUUUGCUCACUUCAAUAA